AAUAACAGCAGCGGCAGCAGUAGCAGUUACAGCAGCAGUAGCAUCAACAGCAGAGGCAGUGGAAGCAGUUUUGGUGGUGGCGGCAACAGCAGCAGCAACUGGGUUUUGUCGCAGAGGCAUAAUUGAGGUAAAAGAAAAAAGAAAAAGAGGAAAAGGAGAAGUGUAAGACAAGAAAUAGAAACCAUAAACCAUGAAGUGGAUACACAUUGAUAAGAAAUAGCCAGAAAUGUCUGGGGGGGGAUCUCUACAAAAAACAUCUUUCCUACACCCCACCAAAAACAAAACAAAACAAAACAAAGCAAAAAGAAAACAAAAUUAAUAUGAAAAAUAUUUUAAAAUACACGUAUUGUAAAUCUAUACCAUUUUAAGUAUAUGUUAAGAAUUAAAGAAAGUAAAAUCCCUUCUUUGCUGUUGAAGUAUCACCUACAAGGAAUACCUUUUUUCCCAAUUUCACUGUAUAACUUGUUUUGCUUGCGUGGAGGAAGAUUUGACAAUUUACCAUAGUACUACUAGCAGCAUCAGAACUAGCAAGAGGCAUUAAAGAGGAGGAAAAAAAAAUAAAAAAACCCAACAAUGUUGUACCUUUUGCCAAUAAGUCCUGUUAGGCUUUGGGCUGAAGUAUUUCGGGUUCAUGGAGAUGGGGAGUACAUGCGAUGGGAACGUGUAUCAGAUGAUGUGGUGCCUGUGAACAUAUCCUGUAUUGAAGAUACUCCGGACACAAUAUUUCAAAUAACUGCUUACAAUCGACAUGUGGAGAAAAUAUUUGAUGUUAAAAUAGUCCAACCAGGAACUAUUAUUUGCCCUGCCACAGAUUGUUUUGUGCACUGGCGAGAUCCUUGGUAUGACUGUGAGUGGGGUCUCAAUUUCACGUCAGCUCCGGAUGCACGGAAAUUUAGGGACUGUUGUUCAUCUUUGAGUGACACUGUGAGACAGUUGGUUAAAGCUUUUAGCCAAAACAGUGGUCUGGCACAUUCUGUACGUGUUCACUCUUGGAAUCAACGUCAUACAAUAAGUGGUCAUGAAUUCUCCAUGAGUUCAAGCAGCAUAAGUACCAGAGUGACCAAUGCUACUACUUCAACCAUCACAUCCACCAAUAAUGCUGCUAUAACUUUAGCAGCAAAUAAAUCCACCACUGCUGUUGCUACCACCACCACUACCACCACCACCAUCGCAGCAACAACAACUACUGCUGAUCUUAAACCUUCAACUGAUGCUAAGUUAAGAAAAAUAACUGAAGAUAAGGCUUCAAGACACAGCAUCUGUAUAGAUACAAUUCUGUUUCCCACACAGAGAUUCGCACGGAAGGCUUCCUCAGCCAACUCUCUACGUCUGAGUCCACCUAAGACUCACAACAAUUUUGGGAAUAUUUCACUGCCUUAUAUUGGUGGUGCAGCAGAAGAACAAUUAUCAAACUGCCAGUUCUGCUUUCGCAGUAUUCCAAAUUUGCAGAGGCCACAGGCAAAGUUCUCAUCAGUUUCCUCUCCAAAUUCACCUGUUGCUCAGUCACGACGAGUAAUUUCUUCUCCAUUGACCCUGGCCUCCGAUGUUAAUGCACAAGGCUAUGCUUCUGAUUCUGAUGUUGUGGACUCACAUGACUCCCAGUGCUGCCCUCCUUCCUCCUCCGACGUAGGUGUUCUCAAUGAGGCUGCGACCAUGCCCAGGAUGAAGCACCGCGAGGUGCAUGAUUCACGUUCACUUCAUCGGCCUGCACUAUCAAAGCCUGCAUCUGAUGUGUCAGUUUAUGAUAAUGUAUCAUCGUCUCCUGCCCGUCGAUCAUUGGCUGAAACUGAUAGUGCAUCCCACACAAUGCGACGAUCUGAUUCGCCAGCUUCCAUGUCCAAACUCACUGAAAGCACGGCAAAUGAAGAAAGCAAGGAACGACCCAAUUUGGUUACUCUUUCGGAAUCCCCCAAGAAAGGGAGUAGUCAUUCUGAACCAGAAACUCCGGAAACAUGUACAACUUUUGGACGGGAUUUAGCUUGCUCGCCAAAAGAUAAUAAAAUGGUGGAAACAGUCAAGAUGGAAACGGCGUUUGUCGGGGAUAUUUUCAAAAAUCAAUCACCUUCAUCCAAUUCCAGAGGGGGUGCGGGGUAUUCGGCCCCUGCAGCUUCAAGUUCUAGUUCUGCUGUAAGGGCUUCAGCUCCAGCGUCUGGUGGAAAAGGACAUGGACGUACCCACCCAUCUACGUCCGAAUCCCCAGAGUCGGAGUGGCCAUCCCCACCUGAGCCUCUGACCCCGCAGACGCCCAACGUCCCCUUUGACAAUAUAGACUUUGACAGUGAUUCGCUGAGGCGGAUGCUUCGAUCACUCCCAGUGUCCCCUAUUGAAAAGGAAGACAACGAUCAAGGGUUCCAUGAAGAUCCCUAUAUAGAUAAUAGAGGACAAACACACCACCGACGUUAUCCUUCGGUGUCAAGAACAAAGAGUCUUAACAGUUAUGAUCGGGGUGGUUCUUCAAAGCCAUCGGUGCCGCACCAACCAUAUUCUGUUGGGUACCCUUGCAGAGAUGACUCAUUUGUAUCAAUGCUCAAGAACACAGAUCUGCCAAAAUCUAAACAGGCAAAAAUGCUUGUGGAAUACGAACUUCAUUUACGAAACAAGUGUGCCCGUGACAGUUAUCCAGAUAGUGGUAUUGGAGGGGUUGCAUCAGAAACUACUGGUUCAUUAUGGUCAGGGGAUAGCAGCAAAUCAGCUGGAGCAAACAAAGGUGCUGGAGCUCACAUACGCACAAGUGCUGGCAUAGGAAGUAGUGGCUGUGGUACAGUUGGUAAACAGAGUGAUUACAUAGUCCAGUUUGGGGAUGCUCUUGAUGUCAAACCCUAUCUUAGUAUUGAGCCCUCAGAUGACGAGCCAGGCGACAGUGAUAGUAGCAUACAUACCAUGACGUCCGAGUCACAGCUAUCGUAUGGCAAGCAGAGUGGUGCUAUUCGAAAGGCAGGAUGGCUGGUUGUCAAGAACUGGUUAAUUCAUAAAAAACGCAAAUUGGAACUUGCUCCUAAACGGAAUUGGAAGCGUUACUGGGUAUGUCUAAAGGGAACCAUGCUGCUAUUCUUUGACUGUGAUGAAGAGAGUGCUAUCACAGAAGAAAGUGCCCCAAGGCAUGUACUAGGUGUUCGUUACUUUUCAGUCAUCGAAGGCGGAAUAGCACAGGCCGUACCCGAACACCCCAAGAGGGAAAAUAUUUUCUCUCUCAGCACUGCAUUUGGAGAUGCUUACCUAUUUCAGGCACCAUCACAGAUAGAACUGGAGAACUGGAUCCGUGCCAUUCAUUCAGCGUGUGCAUCGCUGUUUGCAAGGCAGCAUGGGAAAGAUAACACCCUGAAGUUGCUUAAAAGUGAAAUUCAGAGAUUGGAAACUAACAUAGAUAUGGAUGUAAAAAUGAAAAAAAUGGCUGAACUUCAACUGACAGUAGUGACUGACCCCAAGAGCCGAACAGCUAUAGUGAAGCAGAUUAACCAAUGGGAAGAGAAUCUAGAAAAAUUGUUUAUAGAGCAGUAUCGGUUACGUUGUUAUAUGGCUUCACUUCAAGGAUCGGAACUUCCCAACCCAAAGAGUCUGCUAGCAAAUGUGUCCAAAUCAACAAAGGGAAUACUGGGCCGACUUGGCAUCUUCACCGUGACAUCAUUCCACGCUCUGGUCUGUGCUCGUUCUCCACCAACCAUGACUGCCAUGCAAGGGAAGACUCUGCCUGCAAAAAAAUCAACUCCUUAUGUUCCUAAGAGCAACGAACCACAAGGAGGAACAUUAGGACGACAUCCACAUCAAAUGGCCAAUCAAAUGCCACUUGCCCCACCUAGCCAUGUUGAAAAACAUUUACACAAAGAUUUUGAAAAAGAGCAACGAGAAGGUAGACAAACUCCUGAUCAACUUCCGAGUCAUCGUUCUGAUACCCCAGACAGUAGCGCUAAAGAAGGACUGUCAAAAAUCUCCUUACCACACAACCAGGUGACAGAUAGAACAAACUGGAAGAAAAAAUGGUACAACUUCCAUCCCAAAAGGCUGAUGUCACACAGUCAUGCUGGGUAUUUCUCACCUAGAGCAAAGGGAAAACACUGCACACAUAACCAGCAUGCACCUGGAACAAUAUUGGUUGGAGUGGAUGAAAAGUCAACAGUUCAAGAUCUCCUGGAAUUUGUAUGCUCAAAACGAGGUCUUAGUACAGCUGAUCAUUUUGUACGGUUACAAGUAUCUCAGGGCAAUUACAGCAUCCCACAUAGAUGUGAACUAAUAAAAAAGCUGAAAUAUGAAGCCAUUGAAGUCUGCCAGAAAAGUUUGUUUCACAUUGAACUAACGAAAUCAGUGGCAGAUCCUGAAUUUGGCUUCCGAGUGGAGGCAGAAUUAUCAGAUCACUAUGAUAAGGAUGAUGAAUUACAAGUUUAUGUAUGUGAGAUCAAACCAGGAGGUUUAGCUCAUCGGAAAGGGUUGAUUCCUGGGGAUGAAAUUUUAAUCAUCAAUGGAAAGAUAGUCUCAGAGCUUGAUAUGGUAUUCAUUGAAGCCUUGCUUCAUGAAUCCCAUUCUUUAUGUAUGACGGUUCAAACCUGUCGUGUUCAGGUUCCAACUGUGGUCAAUGCAGGAGGGCCGUCAGCAGAUACCAAUGACAGCAUUAUCCAAAAUACCAUUGGCACUCCUCCACAGCCUAGAGACAAAGCCUUAGCUGAUUUGUCUGUAGGCUCUCCAGGUCGAGAUUCCAGACAGGGCACUUUGUCACCACGAAAAUCACCAUUACCACCAAAGCUCUCUCCAAAAGAGAUUGAUGUUCUUCUAAAGAAUACUGAGCAGGUGACUGCAAUGUGCCGUCUUCCUAAUGAACCUUACCAGUUUGGAGAAACUCCUUCCAGACCCUUAUCUGAAGCACAGAAGUUAAGGAAGGUCAUCAUGGAACUUCUGGAAACAGAGCGUGCCUAUGUGAAGGACCUCAAUGUGUUGAUUGAGCGAUAUUUAAAUCCUCUGAAGGCAGAGACACUCUUGACAUCGGAUGAGAUAAUGCAGUUGUUUGGUAAUAUCCAGGAGAUUGUUCAAUUUCAGGAACAAUUUCUGCAAAGUUUAGAAGAAGCCAUAGAGCUAGGGGGUGACUUCUUCACCCUUGAUGACCCAAAGAAAUUUCGGGAUGAAGAACUCAGGCGUGUUCUGUUUUCUCUGGGUGGCUCUUUUCUGUAUUAUGCCAACCAUUUCAAGGUGUACAGUUCCUUCUGUGCUAGUCAUUCAAGGUCGCAAAAGAUCCUCAACCCAGACGCUAAUGCAGCCUUGAAGGAAUUUCUAUUGUCAAGAAACCCCAAGCAACAACACUCUUGCACUUUAGAGUCAUUUUUAAUUAAACCGAUCCAGCGAAUUUUGAAAUAUCCACUUCUAUUACAACAGCUGUGCCAACUGACUGAUCCAGAGACAGACGAACAUUACCAUCUCUCAGAGGCCCUUCGUGGAAUGGAAGCUGUAGCAGAACAUAUCAAUGAGAUGCAGAAAAUUUAUGAGGAGUAUGGUUACUCUUUCGAUGAACUAUCUCGUAUGUACAAAGAACAUCAUCCACACAAUAAACCGGUAGACUUGAGUGUUGGAGAACUGCAAAUGUAUGGGACUGUACAAUGGUGCAAUGCUAUAGAUUUCCUUGGGAAGAUCAAGAAAGGGACAGACCUGGAGAAUGUUGUGUUCGUUUUUAAAACUGGAAUUGUCUUUCUGUGCCGUGAGAGGGUGAAGAGAAAAUUGAAGAAGAGCAGUAACAGCCGGAAUGCUCCCAUGUCUGAGGGCUAUGAUGCCAUACCCCGUUUCCGCACCCUAAUCCCUGUACAUGAGGUGCAAGUUGUAAGCGGCUCACGGGCAGAUUGUGAGAGGCACUAUUGGUGGCAGCUAAUCCAUUCCAAGUCUGAGGUAGAAGGCCGGCCAGAGAGGCUGUACCAAUUUUGCAACUGCACAUCUGAGGCUAAAACGGAUUUCAUGAAAGUUAUCAGACAGACUAUUAGAGACAGUGUUCGAAAAAUGGCCGUGCCAUCAGCACGGCAGACUGCCAAAACCAAAUACAUUCCAUUUGGUGGUAAGCGGCUUGAGUGUCUGGGAGCUAACCCACGCACUCUCAGUAAGAUGCGUGGUGGAUUAAAGGCUCCAGAGGUCGAAAGACAUUCAGUGGAUUUUGAGGAAAACUUCAACAACUGCGAGUACGACAGCAUGUUUAGGACAAGAAGCAAAACAAUAGGCAACCUGAAUGAGGUGGCACAAGGAGAAGACAAGAAUGAGAAAAUAGCUGACCAGGUACCAGCCCGACCAGCUUCAUCUAUUGCUAACCCUUAUAGCACAGCGCCUCAUGGAAUGUCUAGCCGGCAUCUAAGAGCUGCUGCACGAGAGCAGUCAGGUUCCAGGCCAACCUCACCAAGGCCCACCAGUGGGUCCCCAGUUUGGAAACCACGCCAGGACCCCAGUGGCUUUGGCAUUUCAGGUACAAGCAAACCGGGGACACCAACGCAAGUUCUGCCCUCACAUGCUGUUGCCAGUGCACUAAGCAGCUCUGAGGCUUCAACACCAACUACAUCAUCAGCAUAUGGAGAUUACUCUGAUGUUGUCUACCGGGCUGAUACCCCUAGUCGGGUGAUCACGCACCAGCCCUCCCAUUGCAUCGCCUACAAGGACACUGAGUGCUGAGCCAGAAGAAUGGGAAUUGAUUAAUCAAUUAAUUAACCAUAGUAACACAUCUUUAACAUCACAGGGAAAUUAAAGCAAAGAAAAUAAUUAAUUUCCCUGGAAUAGUGUGGGUUUUUUUCUUCAGUAUUUGUUGAAAAAGAAAAGAAAGAACAACAAAAAAAAACCCCAAAGACUGUGUGUUUCUUCUGAGUCAUGUUUUCAAUGUACUCCACGACUGAUGAACACUGGGAGUUGCUGGAGCAAAGUAUUCUCUCUCUCUCUCUCUCUCUCUCUCUCUCUCUCUCUCUCUCUCUCUCUCUCUCUCUCUCUCUCUCUCUCAUCUGCUGUCACACAAAUGUACAUACACACAUUCACAUGUGCAUAUGUGUGUGUAAUGAGAUGAGACAUCAUGUAAAGACAUUUAUUUAUUAAUUUAUUUAUUUAUUUAUUUAUUACUGUUAACUAUGUCAUAUUUUCAGUAAAAAAUCCCAAUGAGAUUAGUGAUGUUGUAUAAAUGGUGAUAAAUGACAUAUAACCUACAUGUUCUAUAAUGGUAACUGCAUAGAUACAUGCAAGGUGAACAACUCUUUCAAUAUACUUAGUAUAUUUAGUUAGUGGAUUUUUUUUCUCAAUAUGCACCAUGGAAAAUAAUGUAAAACCUCACAGCCAUAGAAUUAGCUAAGGUAUAUAUAUAUAUAUAUAUAUACACAUACAUAUAUAAUAUAUAUGCAUAUAUAUAUAAUAUAUAAUAUAUAUAUACACAUAUAUAAAUAUUAUAUAUAUAUACACAUAUAUAUAUUAUAUAUAUAUAUAUACAUAUAUAUAAUAUACAUAUAUGUGUGUGUGUAUACAUAUAUAGAUAAAAGAUAUUGUUCUUGUUUUAGAGGACUGUAUUGUAUUAUAUGAAGAGGUGCUGAGCUAGAAUUAUGAAAUCCCUUUUCUCUGAGGUAGUAUGGAUUUAAUGAGAUGAAAGUGACAAAUAGCUAUCUCAGAAGAAAAAUUGAUAUUAACUCUUUCUUAAGUGUGUGCAAAUAGAACAGACUACACUUAAUCUUUAAAGAGGGUAGGUAAUCUGGAAGUUGGUUUCCUUUUAAUCUCUAAUAAGAUGGUUCUUUUUUAUUCUAUGAAAAAAUAUCCCUAAAUUAUUCAUUUUUUUUAACUUUUAACCUUGGCAGCAAAAUUUAUGAUUCAAGUCUUAAGCGAUGAUUAUGUCAAAAAUAAGUUAAAUUGAAUUAAGUUUUUGAAUGUUAACUAUGAUAAAAUAAUUCUUAGAAAACUAUUUUCAUGUUUAGCAGAAGAAAAAAGAUCAUUAUUAUUAGUGGUAACAAUACCUAAUAUUUCACAAACACAAAUGAAACUACUUUAUUUCAAUGAUGCUAUACCAUAAAACUUCAAUGAGUUUUUAAUUGUGCAGUGGUUCUUUAAAAUUGACUGCUCUCUAUUUAUUAGCAUCAUCUCACAAUAUUCCUACUGAUUUAUUUAAUAUAUCUUUGUCAGAUUCCUUAAGUAGAAUAGAUAAAUAGCCUGGAAAAUAGAUGUUGAAUGUAAUAAAUAUCAAAUUGUUGAUAUACUAAAUGGAAUGAAAAAUCCAUUCCUUAUAUAUUCUUAGAUUAGAUUUGUACUGAUAGACUUGAUAUAAAUUAGAGUUUGUAAAAUGGAAAUUUGCCACAGAUCAGAGACAAGAGUUAAUUCCAUUUUGCUAUCUUAAAAUCAAAAUAUUUUUUUGAGUUUACAAAAGUACAAUUAAUCUUGUAUUAAUGCUAUGAUAAGAAUGGUAUUCACCUCUAACUGAAGGAGUCUCUAUGCAGUUACUCAGCCUGUUAGAAAUAUAAACCAAAUUUCUCAAAUCCACAUCCUACUUACUAUAACAUAGAAAGGAUAUACUGACUAAUGUUAUCCUGCAUAUAUAAAAAGAUUGUCUAAAAUGGAACAUCUUUGAUCAUAAGUCUACUCAACAAGGUUUGAGCUGGGACUAAAUACAGUAACAAAAUAAUAGCUUUUAAAAUAUGUAUAAAAUUGAUACUGCAUUAAUUUUUUAAGUUAUCAAUAGGAACAUUUUUUAAAGCUUAUAAAUAUAUGUUUGGCAAUUUUAUUAAUUAAUUUCAAUAGAUUUACGAAUAUUGAAAAUAUCAGAUAGAAAAUACUUUUCUCACUUAAUUAUUUCAUAUAGCAUAUAUCUGGCAUAGAUUAAGGAUAUAUGAGAAAUGUAUGCAUGUGUGUAUUGAAAUAGCUAAUAGAAACACUAGAAUAAUUACUGCUGAGGUAAAAGUGUUUUAUUCUAAGGGAGAAAUGAGAAUUGAGAAAGAUAAGAAAAAUUAUUUUAUAUAUCAGAUGUUGUUGGUAAAAAAGGAUGGAAUUCAUAACACUAAAACUAUCGUUUUCUGGAACAAACCAUAUAGUAAGGAAUACCAAAAUACCUAAAACAGCCUGGGAAAAAAAUUAUUAGCAGAAGCCACUCCAUAUUUCUAUCAAGACGUUGCCUGCAUCUAUUAAAUAUUGAUUUCGAAAAGAAAGAGCAAAAUGAAAAUAACGUCAAGUGAUAUGCAAAAAUAGCUUUCAUAUUUUUCACAAGUCAUUCUUAAGCUAAAACUGAUAAUUCAUUGACAAUUCUAAAACAAAUUCAGAUAAUGAUGGGCAUUGUUCCUGACUCCCCUGGCAUUAAAAACGUUUCAAAGCGAUUUUUAAUAGUUUUUUUACUUUUUUUUCACAAGGGACGUAACUUAGCAUGUUUCUCUGAUUUAAUUUUAUAAACUUUUCUUUGCUAAGCUGCAAUCAAAAGUGAAAAUCUUAGAAUAAUAAAAUUUGUUUUCAUUGUAGAUAUCUAAAAUAAAAGUUCUAUGUGAGAAAAUUAGAAUUAUUUAAAGAGUAAUGCAUUUAGUUGGUUAAAAAGAUGUUCAUACAUUGAUGAUAGAUAUUGUUUUACAAUUAUAGCUGCUAUUCUUUUAUACUAGUUUCUAAUUGAUAAUUUGAUUUAUCAAUCUUGAUAAUCUAGUGAGAUAAUUUAUCAAUUAUCUCACUAGAUUAUCAAGAUAUAUAAUUCUAUAAAAUUUUAGAGAAUAAAAGCAAUGAAAACUUAUGAAAAAUAGGUAUGGAAAUUAUUUUUGAAGGUUCAUUCUUCUUAAUCAAUGCUGAUUAUUAAAAACCAGGAGAGAACACUGCUGUUACAAAACCAGGUAACAAAAUUAUAAUUUCAAGGAAACUCAAUAGAAAAUGAACAAUAAUAAGAUUUAACAUUAAUUUGAAAGAGUAAAUUACAUAUAGUUUUAAUCCAAUGCAAGAUUAAAAUAUCAUUUUACAUGUUACUAGAAAUUUUUGUCUAAUUUUAGAUUAUUCUUUUAUUAGUUCCAACCAGGUCGAUGUGGUCAUGCUGGAAGUAUUGUCAAAGUCUAAUUGAAUUCCUGAUAUUUUAUUCUAUGCUAUUCUUGUAUGCUCAGAAUAUUUUGUAAA